AUGGACACGUCAACAGCGCCGAUGACUGGACAGGCGCAACAACAGCCCAGAGCGCGGCGACCGCAUCGCCCUCGCAAGGACUACACCAAUUUGGACACGGUAUUCGAGUCGCUCGACGACCUCAAAACCGCCCUACGCCAGUACAUGGACAAUGCCACCACCCCCGACGCCCUCCCGCAAUAUGUCUCGUGUGCCAUGACCUUGUCCACCAACGCUGCUCUGCCUCUCAAGAAUCCUACCGAUACUCCUCGCUCCCGCCGUCGUCCCAGCUACGUGCCCUUCGAGGGCUUUGGUGACGAGCUAGAUCUGGGCGGCCAUGACGUCGGCUCCGUUAUCGACGAGCAACACCAACAAGAACAGGAGCAAGAGCAAGAGCAGCAGCUAGAGUACAAGACGGUGCUGGAGCUGGUGAACAUCGACCAGCUCAAACAGCGACAGAUAUGGCAGCGCGCUGCAGCCAAGGGUAUUGUCCAGCAGAUCCAACACCUUGAUGGCUUCAAGUACUGCUUCAACAACAACUGGUCCAGCAAAGACGACAACGGCUAUCGCUACUCCUACACAUGUCUCGACUCGUUGGAGAACAAAGACAGACACGCCAACGGCUUCCGUGCUACCAAUGCUGCGACCCGGCGUCCGGGUGCAAACACUCGAGGUGUCCGCAAGCCCACAUACGACUGCAAGGGCCAGAUUGCCGUCAAGUUUUCCGCCAUGCGACAAUCAGUCGAAGUCGUCUACAAGCAUCACGCCAUUCACAAGACAGUCGCCGAGAGACGUCCGCCUCCACGCAAAGACUCAAAGCGCAAGUCCGUCACACAGCAACCCGUCUCAGAAGCCACCCCCGAUGCGAGUCUGCUGUCCUUCGCAGACCAUGAUCCCCAUGAAAGCUCUUUCAUCCUUCACGACGUCGACCACUCGGCCUUCCAGCCCUAUCUUGAUCCUGUGGAGCCUCCUGUUACGAAAAAGCCUCCUCGCAAGUCUAAAGACAGCGCCACCCAGCCACGCUCAAAGCGUCAGAAGAUACAGCCCGUUCCUCCAGCGGACCAAGUCGAACGUCCCUUGUCGCUAGUUGAAAUUCUUCAACAGUCAAUGGCUCCAUCUGACACCUCCCUUGCCAACCACCGGCCUAGCCCCAAUCAAUCGCCAUCGCCGUCACCAGCUCCGCCGCUCUGGCAGACACCGCCUUCGGCUCCCGUUGCCGCGUCGUCCAACACUCUUCCUGGCAACUAUGCCCCCAUAGCGAGCCGUACGAGCUUCAACCAAGCUUACUCGCAACCACAACCGCCUGAUGUUGGCCGCUUCUCCAAGCUUGCUGUUCCUUGUUUCAAGUGCAAGGCUGCGCAUACUCAGUGCGAUGGUCUGCAGCCUGUUUGCAACUCAUGCCAGCUACGAGGAACGGUCUGCAACUAUCCCUCUGUCCUCAGAUUUGAUAAGGCGCCCGUUCCAGAUUCGCGCUGGGUACAAGGUAGGUCGGAGUCUGUCUGGUUUACGAUCCAACGUUGA